GUCCCAAUGGCCCCCUCAUAUCUUUAUGUGUUAAUUUGCCAUGAUAAUAUUCCCUCUUUCUUUCACUACCACCACCCCCCUCUAUGCCCACUUAAUCUUAGCUAGCAUUUUCCUUCACAUUUUCUUUCUUCCCAAACAGCCACUCUCUCUCUCUCUCUCUCUCUCUCUCUUUCUCUUCCAUAGCAGAUAACCGUGCCAUAUGUCUAGCCAUGGAUCGCCUUUGGUUUCACCAAAUCAUUCUUUUUUCUGAUCGCACUUCACUAAUUCUCCCCAAAAUCCUAAAACAGCCAGAACCCGUUUCGGAAACGCUUUCACAUCUAUCAUCCGACAUUUCUCAUGAACCGCCUCGCCUUGAAGAAGAUCAAAUCUCAUCAUCAACUUCAGCUGCUCUCACUCCUUCAGAGGAUGAAAAGUACAACGAAGAUAAGAAGGAAACUAAACUAAAGGCCACCAAGCCCAGGAGAUCAUUGAGUUCAAUCAUCACAAGCAAAUCAAGGUCACAAUUAUCAUCACCGUUGAAUCAAGGCCACAUCAAAGGAGGAGCAGUAUUAACGAAAACCAUGAGCUGCAAGAGCUUCUCAGAGCUUGAGCUUGAAGAAGUAAAAGGGUUCAUGGACUUGGGUUUCAAUUUCAGAAAGGAACAAUUGAGCCCUAGAAUGAUGAUCCUGGUGCCUGGCCUGCAAAGGCUUGGGUUGAAGAUGAGUAGUACUGAACCAGAAAUGAAGAAAGACGAUAAUGAAGGAGAAGGAGGCAGUACUGUGAUAUUGAGGCCAUAUUUAUCAGAAGCUUGGCUGAUAAAGAGGCCAGAUUCGCCAUUGCUAAACCUAAGGUUGCCAAGAGUCUCUGCGGCUGCUGAUAUGAAGAAACAUCUUAGAUACUGGGCUAGAACCGUGGCUUCUGUGAUUCAACAAGAAUCUUGAGAGAGAGAGAGAGAGAGAGUACUUGCAGAGCAGCUAGCUAGAGGUUCUAUUGAUUGUUCCUCCACCGACAACUUGCAACUGUAAAAACAUACGAGUUGUUUGGAUAAGGUUAAUAUAUAUACAUAUAUAUAUAUAUGCACGGAAUGGAGGCUUUGUAUAAAUGUAAUUUGUGUUCAUUUUUGGGAAAUUCUAUGUUGCCUA